AUGAAACGUUGUGGAAGCGCCUUUCGACUGCUCCGGGCGAACGGAUUGGCCGGCGUGCGCGCGUGUGUGUUUAGGAUUCGGAGCCGCCGGGGUCCUGGGCGCGGCUGCUUGACCGCCCCGUCGCGGUCCCGGCCCCACGUUGCGCGUCAGCCCUGCAGCCGGGGUCGGCCCCGAGGGGGCUGGAGCGGCGCGUACAGAAUGAAGGCUGGGGCUGGGGGGCUGGUUGUUGGCAGCUGGACGUCCGCGCCUGGAGUAAGGAGGUUUGAGAAGGAGGCGAUAAAGGCUGGGGCUGAGCCCAGCUUCCCCACCCCCGGCCCCGUUUCCCCGUUCCCCGAGGUCCUUCGCUGCUUUCACGUAGGGUGA